AUGAACCCGUGGUUCAACCAUCAUCUGGUUGUAAGUGUUAGAAUUGUUUGUUUCAAUCAUUUUUCUAUGCUCCGGACCUUCUUACAAAGAGAUAUGCUUUGGUUCCAUGGAUCCAAAGCUUCUUUCACGAGACUGCUCUCCACAGCAGUAAAUGGAGUAAACCCUCUGAAAAUCAUAUCCGCAGCGAAGUCGAUUCCCCAUCCAGAGAAAAAACAAGGAGAGGAUGCUUUUUUCUUUAAUGAAUUCGCAGCAGGUGUCGCAGAUGGAGUAGGCGGCUGGCGGCAACAUGGAGUGGAUCCUGGCGAGUUUUCGCGUAGCCUCGUAACCAAUAUGAACACCUCCAUCUCCAAACCCGUCACCGAUGCCUCCGAUUUAAAGUGGAAAGCGAUCUCGGUCGCCCAAUCCACCUGUUCCUCCGUCCUUCUGGGAAGCAGCACACUCUGCGCCCUCGCCUUGGGCGUGGAUAACAAGGCGUUUUACUACAACAUCGGCGACAGCGGAUUUUUCCUCUUCCGUUUCGGAGCUCCGCAGCCCACAGCGCAGAGAAAGGAGUGGUUUGUGCACAGCGUGUCUCCGAAGCAGUGCCAUGCGUUUAAUUUCCCGUUUCAGCUCGGAAAGGGAGCCGAUAGCCCGAUGAUGGGCGUGAGUGGUCCGCUGGAUGUACAGCGUGGAGAUUUGUGCUUGAUUUCGUCGGAUGGAUUGCUUGAUAACGUAUGGCCGAAGGAUCUGGUCGCACUGCUGAACGAUUAUUGGAAGAAUGGUAUGCCUGCAGAAGGAGUGAAUCAAGACAGUCUACAGGAAGUGGUGAACAAGAUCGUGGAUUUUACAUUCAAAAAGAGUGGGAGUCGAGCAUCAACUCCAUUCGAGCAAGAAGCGCUUCAAAACGGAUAUCGGUAUGAAGGAGGCAAGCCCGAUGAUAUCACUGCCGUGUUAACACUGUUCUCUUCAACAGGCCUAGAAGAGUGA